UUUAGAUUUGUGGUAUCAGAUGAUUUUACCUCCUCACUUUGACAAAUCCAAGAAAUAUCCUUUAUUAAUUGAUGUUUAUGCAGGACCUUGCAGCCAGAAAGUUGACCAGUAUUUCAGGCUAAACUGGGCUACAUACUUGGCUAGCACGGAGAAGAUUAUCGUGGCCAGUUUUGAUGGUCGAGGGAGUGGAUAUCAAGGUGACAAAAUCAUGCAUGAGAUAUACAGGCAGCUGGGGACAGUAGAGGUCGCAGAUCAAAUUUCUGCUGGCAGGCACUUUGCAUCCUUGGGGUAUGUUGAUGAAACAAGGAUGGCUAUUUGGGGAUGGUCCUAUGGAGGUUAUGUAACUUCUAUGGUACUUGGCAGUGGAAGUGGUGUGUUUAAGUGUGGAAUUGCAGUAGCCCCGGUCUCAAGCUGGUUUUAUUAUGAUUCUAUUUAUACAGAGAGAUACAUGAGCCUACCUACGUUAGAGGAUAACCUGAGGAAUUAUGAGAGUUCGACGGUCAUGGCUAAAGCAGCGCAGUUUAAGGACGUAGGAUACCUCCUCAUCCACGGCACAGCAGAUGAUAAUGUGCACUUCCAGCAAGCAGCCCAAAUCUCCAAGGCACUUGUAGAUGCCGGAGUAGACUUUGAAUCCAUGUGGUAUACAGACAAAGACCACGGGAUAAGUGGCUUGGCACACAGACACAUCUACACCCAUAUGAGUCAUUAUCUGAAGCAAUGCUUUAAUCUGCAGUAA